AUGGACGAAAUCAAAGAAGAGGUUAAUGACGAAUUAUUAUAUGAAGUGGAUUCGAAAAAUAAUGAAAUAUGUGACAAUAUUAGUGAUAAUAAGUUACAUUCAGAAUUAAUUUUAAAAGAUGAAAGCUAUGAUGCAAUAUUUGAAGAAGCUGAAACUGAUUUAAAUUAUCAUGAAUUGUUAAAGGAAAAUUAUUUUUGUGAUAAAAUUUUUACAACUGAAAUUGAAUUACGUAACCAUGAAAAAUUACUCAAGCAUAAAUUGUAUACAUGUGAUGUGUGUGAUAAAAAGUUUAAGCAACAACAAUAUUUAACUGUUCAUAAACGAACACAUACUGGAGAAAAACCAUUUGGUUGUGAUAUUUGUAAUAAAAAAUUUAUCCAAAAACACCAUUUAGUUCUUCAUAAACGAUCACAUACUGGAGAAAAACCAUUUGGUUGUGAUAUUUGUAAUAAAAAAUUUAUCCAAAAACACCAUUUAGUUGGACAUAAACGAACACAUACUGGAGAAAAACCAUUUGGUUGUGAUAUUUGUAAUAAAAAAUUUUUCCAAAAACACCAUUUAGUUCUACAUAAACGAUCACAUACUGGAGAAGAGAUAUUCUCGUGUGAUGUUUGUGAUAAAAAAUUUGUUCACUCACAACUUUUAAUUCGACAUAAACGAACACAUACUGGGGCAAAACCAUUUUCAUGUUAUAUUUGUGAAAAAAAAUUUAAACACCAAUACGUUUUAGUUGCACAUGAACGAAUUCAUACUGGAGAAAAACCAUUCUCUUGUGAUGUUUGUGAGAAAAAAUUUAACAUAAAACAGAAUUUAGUUCGACAUAAACGAUUACAUACUGGGAAAGAAUCAUUCUCAUGUGACGAAUGUGAAAGAAAAUUUAACUCAGAACAUCAUUUAAUUAAACAUAAACUAAAAAUACAUACUACAGAAAAACCAGCCCCGUGUGAUGGUCAUAAUAAAACAUUUAAGUUUAAGAAGAGUUUAGUAAAACAAAGACUUGUACAUUUAAGACCACCAACACCUCCAUACGUAUGUGAAGAUUGUGAUCUAAUUAUUACCAAUCAAAAUGAAUUAAAAGAUCAUAGCAUUGCAGAGAAAGCAACAUUGACCUCAUUAUUGGAUGUGACACCAACGCGCACUGCGAGGCGUGGGGCAGCACAGACAAUAAUGGGAGAGGGUCGAUCUUCUGGAAUACCUUACAGAAGAAAACUUGGAUUUCCUGAACAGAGGGUCGGAACCGACCUUCGUCACAGCGAUGAAAUAUUAGAUGGAACUAUUUUAAUGGAAGGUGGACACAUUACAAAUGAAGAAGAAGGCAGCAAUGAUAGUUAUAGUGUUGUGACUACAAUUAAUUAUGAAAAUAUUAAACUUGAAAAAGAAUUACAUACAGAACUAAUUAUUAAAGAUGAAAUAUUAGAUGAAACUGAUUUAGAAGAAAAACCAUUUGUAUGUGAUAUUUGUAAUAAAACAUUUAAUGAGAAAAGUAAUUUAGCUAAACAUAAACGCAUUCAUGGUGGAGAAAAGUCAUUUUCAUGUGAUGUUUGUAAUCAAAGAUUUACUACAUCAUCGAGUUUAGUUAAACAUAAAAAACGUAUUCACACCGCAGAGAAACCAUUUUCAUGUGAUGUUUGUAAUAAAACAUUUACUUGGCAAAGUGAUUUAGUUGUACAUAAACGGUUUCAUAGUGGAGCAAAACCAUUUUCAUGUGAUGUUUGUAAUAAAAAAUUUACUCAGAAAGGUGAUUUAGUUAGACAUAAACGUAUUCACACCGGAGAGAAACCAUUUUCAUGUGAUGUUUGUAAUAAAACAUUUACUUGGCAAAGUGAUUUAGUUGUACAUAAACGGUUUCAUAGUGGAGCAAAACCAUUUUCAUGUGAAAUUUGUAAUAAAACAUAUGCUAAUCUAUUUUCAUGUCAUAUUUGUAAUAAAAGAUUUACUGCAUCACCGAAUUUAGUUAAACAUAAACGUAUUCACACCGGAGAGAAACCAUUUUCAUGCGAUGUUUGUAAUAAAACAUUUAAUGAGGAAACUAAUUUAGUUCAUCAUAAACGCAUUCAUGGUGGAGAAAAGCCAUUUUCAUGUGAUGUUUGUAAUAAAACAUUUACUCAGAAAGGUCAUUUAGUUAAACAUAAACUGAUUCACACUGGAGAAAAACCAUUUUCAUGUGAUGUUUGCAAUAAAACAUUUACUCAGCAAGGUAAUUUAGCUAAACAUAAACUAAUUCACACUGGAGAAAAACCAUUUUCAUGUGAUGUUUGCAAUAAAACAUUUACUCAGCAAGGUAAUUUAAAUGCACAUAAACGAUUUCAUAGUACAGAAAGUACAUUUCCUUGUGAUAUUUGUAAUAAAACAUUUAUCCAGAAAAGUGAUUUAGUUGUACAUAAACGAUUUCAUAGUGGAAAAAAACCAUUUCCAUGUGAUAUCUGUGAUAAAAGAUUUACUACAUCAUCGAAUUUAGUUAGACAUAAACGUAUUCACACCGGAGAGAAACCAUUUUCAUGUGAAAUUUGUAAUAAAACAUUUACUCGACAAAAUUAUGUAGUUCAACAUAAACGUAUUCACAAUCGAUAA